UUCAGUACACAGAGGAGAAGCUUGGCCAGGCAGAAAAGACUGAGUUAGAUGCCCAUCUGGAGAAUCUGAUCGCUCGAGCAGACUGUACCAAAAACUGGACAGAGAAGAUCUUCAGACAGACCGAAGUGCUGCUUCAACCCAACCCAAGUGCCCGUAUUGAGGAGUUCUUCUAUGAGAAACUAGACAAAAAGAUCCCAUCCAGAAUCACCAAUGCAGAGCUGCUGGGACAGUACAUGCAGGAUGCAGCGAAAGACUUUGGGCCAGGAUCUCCAUAUGGGAGUACAUUGAUCACUGUUGGAGAGUAUCAAAAGAGGCUGGGUGGAUCCGAGCGGGAAUUUCUACAAACAUCAGCCAUCAACUUCCUUACACCUCUGAGGAAUUUUCUGGAGGGUGACUGGAAAACCAUUUCCAGAGAGAGACGGCUUCUUGAGAACCGACGUCUUGACCUGGAUGUUUGCAAAGCUCGGCUCAAGAAAGCAAAGUUAGCAGAGGCCAAGGCAGCUGCAGAGCAUGAGUUGCGUGUGGCUCAGACGGAGUUUGACAGACAGGCAGAAGUGACUCGCCUCCUGCUGGAGGGCAUCAGCAGCACACAUGUAAACCACCUGCGCUGUCUGCAUGAGUUUGUGGAGGCUCAGGCUGCUUAUUACGCUCAGUGUCACAGGCACAUGCAGGACCUUCAGAAAGAACUGAGCAGUGCAAACGGAGAUACGUUUCCUAAUGCUUUUGCUGUGAACGCCUCCACAUCAGGGGUGUCAGCAGGCCCUUCUCCCCUUUCCACUGGCACACAACCUGGGCCUUCAUCACCCAGUCGUCCACCAAACCCCCCCAAUGCGCUGGAGUCCAACACACUGAAGAUUGAAGAGGUCAAGCCUCCUGCCACUGGCACCCGCAAGGCUAAAGUGCUGUAUGACUACGAUGCUGCAGAUACAAGUGAACUUUCUCUUCUCGCAGACGAGCUGAUUACGGUGUACACGGUGCCCGGCAUGGACCCAGACUGGCUUAUCGGAGAGCGAGGCAACCAGAAAGGCAAAGUGCCUGUCACAUACCUGGAGCUUCUAAGCUAGACGUCCCGUCCUCAAACACGAAAUCACACAGAAAUAUGCAUGAACAAAUACUCAAGCACUGCUGAACACUCAGUGAAAUUAUCCCUUUCUUUUUUUUUUUUUUUCGAGAUUCACAUCUAGGUCUGUUGUGUUCUGAUGUUACUGUGCAUAAAACGUUUUGUUCUAUGUGUAUGUUGUUUCAUUUGAGGACCAUCCUGCGUAAGCCAUUACUUCAAAUAAGGAGGUUUUAUUUCGUGACUGCUAGAUUUCUACCAAGCUUUUCUUACCCUACAAAUUGAAGAACACAAAACCGAAAAGCUUUUGCGCUGGAGCUGGACGUGCAUUUGUGUGUGUGUGAUCAUGUGCUGGCAACACUAAACAUCUGGGCUUUGCUUGUUUGCGUGUUAUCUUGCUCAUCUACAAUAGCUUUGUAUGGAGGUUUUGACAACGGCACGUCUGAUAUGGCAAACUGGUGUUCUGUAACUGGUGUUCUGUCAUCGGAAUUAUGAGGGUAUUUGGUGAGGUAAUGAUGAGCUGUAUGCAGUUUUUAUGUGAUUUCAUGAUUUGCUUUACGCUCAUUAGUCAUUGGUAUCUGCUUUGUCUCAAACUUCCCCCUUUGUUCUCUGUGGUCUGUGCUUGUUCCAAAAAGUGAUGCAUAUUGAAUGAAUACAGUUUGAAUAUAUAAUAAAGAGAGUUUUACUGGGUCUUGAUCGAGA